GCGCUCGCCGAGCCUGUCAGAUCGUCCUUGCUGGUCUCCGCGCGCUCCGAGCCAUGACUUCUGCAGCCUUAGCGCAGAUCCCUCGGCCCCUGCGCCGGGUGUUCGUGGUGGGGGUUGGGAUGACCAAGUUCUCGAAACCUGGAAAUGAGAGUACAGGAGACUACCCUGACUUGGCAAAAGAAGCAGGUCUGAAGGCUUUAGAGGACGCAAAGAUCCCUUACUCAGCGGUGGAACAGGCAUGUGUUGGCUAUGUUUAUGGCGACUCCACCAGCGGGCAGAGGGCCAUUUACCACAGCCUGGGACUCACUGGAAUCCCCAUCAUCAACGUCAACAAUAACUGUGCCACUGGCUCCACCGCCUUGUUCAUGGCCCGGCAGCUGAUCCAGGGGGGUGUAGCCAAUUGUGUCCUGGCUCUUGGAUUUGAGAAGAUGAGUAAAGGGUCCCUCCAACCGGGACUUUCAGAUAGAACUAAUCCAUUGGAUAAACAUGUAGAGGCCAUGGUUAAGGAGUAUGGAUUUUCUAAAACACCAUUAGCUCCUCAGAUGUUUGGGAAUGCCGGGAAAGAACACAUGAACAAAUACGGAACAACAGCUGAACAGUUAGCAAAAAUUGGAUGGAAAAAUCAUAAACAUUCUGUUAAUAACCCGUAUUCCCAGUUCCAGAAGGAAUACAGUUUAGAGGAAGUACAGGGAUCUCGGAAAGUUUUUGACUUUUUGACUGUCUUACAGUGUUGUCCUACCUCAGACGGUGCAGCGGCAGCAAUUUUGGCCAGUGAAGAAUUUGUAAAGCAACAUGGUUUGCAGUCCAAAGCUGUGGAAAUUUUGGCCCAAGAGAUGGUGACUGAUUUCCCAAGCUCCUUUGAAGAAAAAAGCGUCAUUAAAAUAGUUGGCUUUGAUAUGACUAAAGAAGCUGCCAGAAAGUGUUAUGAAAAAACCGGACUGAGACCAAAUGAUAUUGAUGUAAUAGAACUUCAUGAUUGCUUUUCCAUCAAUGAACUCUUAACUUAUGAAGCACUGGGACUCUGUCCAGAAGGACAAGGUGGAAAGUUGGUUGAUAGAGGAGAUAACACCUAUGGAGGAAAGUGGGUGAUAAACCCCAGCGGAGGACUGAUUUCUAAGGGACACCCGCUGGGAGCAACAGGUCUGGCGCAGUGCGCCGAGCUCUGCUGGCAGCUGCGGGGCGAAGCCGGAAAGAGGCAGGUCCCGGGGGCGAAGGUGGCCCUGCAGCACAACCUGGGUCUCGGCGGCGCCGCGGUGGUCACGGUCUACAGGAUGGGCUUCCCCGAGGCGGCCGGUUCUUUCAGAACUCGUAACAUCGAGGCUGCUCCAACCGGCUCUGCAGGCGAUGGGUUUAAGUCACAUCUCGUCUUCAAGGAGAUCGAGAAGAAGCUUGAAGAGGAAGGGGAGCAGUUCGUGAAGAAAAUCGGUGGUAUUUUCGCCUUCAAGGUGAAGGAUGGCCCUGGGGGGAAAGAAGCCACGUGGGUGGUAGAUGUGAAGAAUGGCAAAGGCUCCGUGCUCCCCAACUCAGAUAAGAAGGCCGACUGCACAAUCACGAUGGCGGACUCCGACUUGAUGGCCCUGAUGACUGGGAAAAUGAACCCUCAGUCGGCCUUUUUCCAAGGCAAACUGAAAAUCUCAGGCAACAUGGGCAUGGCGAUGAAGUUGCAGAACCUUCAGCUGCAGCCCGGGAAAGCGAAGCUGUGAAGAGUUCCCUGCCCGCUGGUUUGGGAGUCGGGAUGAGCUCUACAGAUGCUUCUCCCUCUAGUUCAUUGUCCGGACUUAGGCUGCAACUAUCCAUUGGCAAAUAGCAUGAGAUAUGUUUUUGAAUGGGUGUGUCCGACCCUGUUUUUCCUAACGCUGGGUGAAUUAGAGUCUGGCCGUAUACUACUGCUAUGCUGAAUCACAUACAAACUGUGCAUUACAAAGUUAAAUAUGGUAAUUAUGGUGUGGGAUAAAAUUGAGUUUCAGAAUAAAAUUAGGAACAGCAAAAUCCAAAAACUAUGUAAACAAAAGCUCUCAUUUUGCUUAUAAAGUAUUUCUAAGGAUUAUUCUGCUGAUGAUUCAAUUCAGCUUCUCCUUGGGAGAACUAGGGAAGAAAGUGAAUACCGAUAGUUGGCCAAUAUUUAGUGUUGUGCACUUAAUACCUUAAUCUAUUUUUCAUUAAAAAGUUCUGUACUGGGAUCUUUUUUAAGAAAAAAUGAAACAACCCAGAUUUUGCAUUUCAUGCCAACAGAAAUGGUAUUUUCUUCCCAAAUCAAAAUAAAGGAAAUAUGAUCAGAGCAUGGGGGGAGAAAUCUGUAGUUGAACACAGGCCUAUUUUUAAAAGAAAAGUAUUUUUAAAUGGAUUUCCUUCUUGAAAAAAAAAUCAGUGUAUUGAAAUUAUAAAGUGCUGUUGUUAAAACUUGAAUAAACACUUUGCUUUGAGAUGCACAGUUUUCAUGUUAUAUUAAUUAAUUUAAUUAAAUUUGUAAAGUUCUCAGUCCUUUAUUAUAAUUUUUCUUUCUCAUAUAAGUUUAAUUUUUCACAUUUAAUUUUCCUUCCUAGUUUUUCUAAUACUAAUGUAUUUCUUAUAAUUCAGUAAGAUAAAAUAAUGCUUUUGAAAGAAUGUUUAAUAGAAAAUUAAAAUAGUUCUUCCUUA